AUGGGGGAGGGACGUGAGGCCACCGGGCAAGGGAGGGGGCGGGGGGCGUUGGGGGGGGGCGCGGCCGAACAGGGGCUGGAAGAGGGGCCUCACCGGGCCGUGAUCAAGGAGCGGCUGCAGCACAAGGGGCGGCUUUGCUCGUUCGCCAGCCGGCACCCUCCUUAUCCCGGGUUGGAUGGCAGCGGACGCCGACACCCGUUGUUGACGUGUAGCCGCCUAUGAGGCUCUCUUUGGUUUGUUUUCUACGACACUCAGAGUAGGACAAAACAAGCUCAAGAGUCGUCAGUUUUUACGUGGAGUGGAUACGUACCCUGUUGCACGUUGCUUGUUGAUAGUAGCGUAGGCAACGGUGGCGUUAUAGCAUGCCAAUGGGGCGGGGGGGGGCGGCGGGGGGCGUUUGACCGGAAACCGGGGAUGGAUGUCGUGAUUCUGUCCCCGGGUGACCUCCUUUUUUUUUUUUUUGCGACAAAUGUUUCUCAUUCAUGUCUGAAUGCUCCCUCCAAAAUUUAUGUCGUGGGGAUGUAUGAACAGUCCAGAAUAGACUAUCCAGGGUUAGUGGUGUACGGGGCUGAUUCUUGCCGUAGCGGCGCACAAAAUACCGAAAAUAUACCCAUUUUUGAACAGCUAUUUUUUGACCGUAACAAAUUCGGUGUGAUUUUUUUUUUGGUGGCCGGCCAUUGACAGGAGCAGCCCGUUUAUGCCCCAAACCUAUUAUUUUUAUUCGUUUUCGAUGCACAUAUCACGCCGUACAGGAAAACGGAGGCAAAUCCCGCCCCCCACAUCUGCGUCGAUAACCCAGGGAUAUCCAAUUUUCAUCCCCUGAAGGCACCGAAACAAGAAAAACUUGGUUUUUCUUCACGACCAUUGUGUUGGGUGCAUGUGUGCCAAAUCUUGGGUCUUGAAACGGUUUCAAACCCCCGCAAUCAACCAAUCGUCAAAAUGGUUGUUAAUACCCCCCAGGCCGUUUUACCCUCGAGACUUCAACUUCAACUUGGGCAAACGGAAACAGUUGUGCCUCGUCAUUAUCGACAUUUUUUCUUUUUUGACAGAUAGGUGGUGAUGUUAGCUAUCGUUCGAUACCUAAAUAUAUUCGUAGUUGGUUUUGCUGUCGAAGAACGAGCUUUUGGCGCGGGGGGUGGCUUAGGUGGUUGUUAAUACCCGCCGCUACUCUAAACUAAGCUCGACCGCGAAUCUCGUAGACGACGUGUCAUACGCUAGCGUGAUCGAUCAUUCGGGUGGCUCAGUUCUGUGUGAUAGGAGUGUAGAGCAGCUCAGCCAUGACGGGCCGUAGAUGGGUAGAAAACGUGGUGGAAAACGUAUUGUAUUCUUCGGGGGAGUGCUCGCGCUCGCAAAUUUGUCACGGGAUCAAGCACCCGUCACGCACAUCACGCUCAAACUACCAAACGGAUCUCUCUGAACCUCCAUCAAACUCUUCUCGCUUCCAAGGAAAAUACCCAGAAAGUUCUGAUUCCUCCGCAUCUCAUCACUGCAAUUAAUUAUUUCCGCACGUACGUACCGAAGAUAUCCCGUCAUACUAUGCUACGAGUACCCCCAAAUGUAUAUCGAAUAGCUCCACCAUGGGUUGCUACCCCACUUACGCUCCCGAGUAGACCUAUCUNAUAGGAGUGUAGAGCAGCUCAGCCAUGACGGGCCGUAGAUGGGUAGAAAACGUGGUGGAAAACGUAUUGUAUUCUUCGGGGGAGUGCUCGCGCUCGCAAAUUUGUCACGGGAUCAAGCACCCGUCACGCACAUCACGCUCAAACUACCAAACGGAUCUCUCUGAACCUCCAUCAAACUCUUCUCGCUUCCAAGGAAAAUACCCAGAAAGUUCUGAUUCCUCCGCAUCUCAUCACUGCAAUUAAUUAUUUCCGCACGUACGUACCGAAGAUAUCCCGUCAUACUAUGCUACGAGUACCCCCAAAUGUAUAUCGAAUAGCUCCACCAUGGGUUGCUACCCCACUUACGCUCCCGAGUAGACCUAUCUGCCGAAAGUUUGGCCAACAACUCCUUACUGCUUUCUACUCGCCUCUCUCUCCAAUCGAAAACAAUGCGUUGUGCGUGCCGCACGUCUGGCUCCGCAGCUUUUGCGUGGUUGGUCUGGUCGUCCAGCUUGCUCGACGUGAGUAAUAAGCUUUGCUUUGAUGGCUCUAUGUUUUAUUGAUCCACUUCAAGCAACGACCACCCACCCCCCCUCCACCGUCCGUCCGAUCCAUUUUGGAUCUCACUGAGGAGAGUUUUGGGGUUUCUUGGCUCUAAGCCCUCCACCGCCCAAUGGGGAACUUUAGUAUGUUUUUAAUGUCGCACCAAUAAUAGGGAUAAAGCCGUUCACCUUAGGUAAGCUUUAUUCGAUAAAGGCUGACCAUUUGACUACGUGCAAAGAUGACUGUGCACGUAGUCAAAUGGUCAGCCUUUAUCGAAUAAGCUUGUGCUUACUUUGGACUGUACCCUCCUCAUCCUCUGGGGGAAGUAAAGGGGGGGGGAGGCGCAUGGCCAUUAUUUGUCAGAGGGGGUUCGGAUACGGGUUGGGGGUCGGGUCUAUGUGUACUGCAUUCUCGAAUUGUCCCCUCACUUUAGCUACUGCUGUGGAUUUUCAGUAUACAGCUAUCCUCACUCAACGCUUCUAUGUGUCCGGCAAUCCAAUACAAAUCAACCUGUGAGGUUUCAGUAUGCAGCUUUCUUCAUUCACUCCAUGCGUCUAUGUGUCCGGCAGUCGCAAACGUCACUCAACCCGUUAGGUCUCAACAUGCAGCUAUCCUUACUAAAAGCGUCUAUGUGUUUGGCUCUAGCCAACAUCACUCAACUCGUGAGGUUUCAGCAUGUAGCUAUCCCCACUCAGCGCGCCUAUGUGUCUGGCAAACUCAAAACUAAUCCAUCUGUGAGGUUUCAGUAUGCAGCUAUACUCACUCAACACGUCUAUGUGUCUGGGAAACUCACAACCAAUGCAUCCGUGAGGUUUCAGUAUGCAGCUAUACUCACUCAACACGUCUAUGUGUCUGGGAAACUCACAACCAAUGCAUCCGUGAGGUUUCAGUAUGCAGCUAUACUCACUCAACACGUCUAUGUGUCUGGGAAACUCACAACCAAUGCAUCCGUGAGGUUUCAGUAUGCAGCUAUACUCACUCAACACGUCUAUGUGUCUGGGAAACUCACAACCAAUGCAUCCGUGAGGUUUCAGUAUGCAGCUAUCCUCACUCAACAAGACUGUGUCCGGCAAUCUCCAUCACAAAUCACCUGUGAGGUUCAGUAUAUGUCUAUCCUCACUCAAUGCGUCUAUGUGUCCGGNUACUAAAAGCGUCUAUGUGUUUGGCUCUAGCCAACAUCACUCAACUCGUGAGGUUUCAGCAUGUAGCUAUCCCCACUCAGCGCGCCUAUGUGUCUGGCAAACUCAAAACUAAUCCAUCUGUGAGGUUUCAGUAUGCAGCUAUCCUCACUCAACACGUCUAGGUGUCUCGCAAUCUCCAAUACAAACAACCUGUGAGGUUCAAUAUGUGUCUAUCCUCAUUCAACGCGUCUAUGUGUCCGGCACUCCAACAUCACUCAACCCGUGGGGUUCCAGCAGCUAUCCCCACGCAACCCGUCUAUGUGUCUGGCAAUCUCAAACCUCCCCUUUCCGUGGGGUUUCAGUAUACAGCUAUAAUCACUCAACACGUCUAUGUGUCCGGCAAUCUCCUACAUUUCUCAACCUGUGAGGUUUCCGUAAACAUCUAUCCUCACUCCACUCCG